AUGUAUCGAGACGAGAACAUACAUAGACUGUUGUUAGCUGCUAUGUAUCGGGACGAUAACAUAGAUAGACUGUUGUUAGCUGAUAUGUAUUGGGACAAAAACAUAGAUAUUCUGUUGUUAGCUGCUAUGUAUCGAGAUGAGCACAUAGAUAGAAUGUUGUUAGCUGGUAUGUAUCGAGACAAAAACAUAGAUAUUCUGUUGUUAGCUGAUAUGUAUCGAGAUGAGCACAUAGAUAGAAUGUUGUUAGCUGGUAUGUAUCGAGACAAAAACAUAGAUAUUCUGUUGUUAGCUGAUAUGUAUCGAGAUGAGCACAUAGAUAGAAUGUUGUUAGCUGGUAUGUAUCGAGACAAAAACAUAGAUAUUCUGUUGUUAGCUGCUAUAUAUCGAGACAAAAACAUAGAAAGUCUGUUGUUAGUUGCUAUGUAUCGAGACAAGAACAUAGAGAGUCUGUUGUUAGCUGUUAUAUAUCGAGACAAAAACAUAGAUAAUCUGUUAUUAGUUGCUAAGUAUCGAGACAAGAACAUAGAGAGUCUGUUGUUAGCUUUUAUUUAUCGAGACAAAAACAUAGAUAAUCUGUUAUUAGUUGCUAUGUAUCGAGACAAGAACAUAGAGAGUCUGUUGUUAGCUUUUAUAUGUCGAGAAAAAAACAUAGAUAAUCUGUUAUUAGUUGCUAUGUAUCGAGACAAAAACAUAGAGAGUCUGUUGGUAGUUGCUAUGUAA